ACAUUGUAGUUGUAAUGUCGUGAUAGUUCUUUUGGCUUGUCACAUUAUUUUGGAUUUUUCAGUUUUUGGAAAAAUAAUUAAUUGAUUGGUAAAUGGUAGCGCAGCUAUUUACUAAAAUGGCAACUUUUAAAAUACCGUUUAAAAACACGGUUCUUUUUAGUAAUACCUUUUUUAAGACUUUUAAUCGUACGCAUUUAACACAACACCAGACAAAAAUACUAGGUAAAGGUCUUCCGGUGAAAAAGCCAAUUGAAGGGGUCAAACACACAAUUUUAGUGUCGUCUGGGAAAGGGGGUGUUGGUAAAAGCACGACUUCAGUAAAUCUUGCAGCUGCGCUAAAAUUUGCAUAUCCAGAUAAGAAUAUUGGUUUGUUGGAUUGUGAUGUGUUUGGUCCUUCAAUUCCUUUAAUGAUGAAUCUGCACGAAACACCUUUAUUAAAUGAUAAAAAUCAAAUGUUGCCCCUUACGAAUUACGGCAUAAAAUGUAUGUCAAUGGGUUUUUUGAUAGCUGAAGGUACGCCUGUGAUUUGGAGAGGUCUUAUGGUGAUGCAAGCUUUAGAGAAAUUGUUGAGACAAGUUUAUUGGGGGCGUAUUGAUUAUCUAAUUGUGGACACGCCUCCAGGGACUGGCGAUACUCAUCUCUCAUUGGUUCAAAAUAUUCCAAUAUCGGGCGUCAUUCUUAUUACAACGCCACAAUUGGCUGCUCUUGACGUCACAAAACGCGGAGCUGCGAUGUAUAAAAAAUUAUCCGUUCCUAUUAUUGGUUUAGUGGAAAAUAUGUCGUCAGUGACUUGUCCUUCUUGUCAUAACACUGUUCAAAUUUUCGGAGCGGGAACUUCAAAUUUGGCCAAUGAAAUAGGUACUGACAUUAUUCAAAGCUUUCCAUUGGACCAGAAUAUUUCGUCAAGUACUGAUCAAGGUACGCCCACUGUGAUAAAAUAUCCGCGUAGUUGUCAAACUGAUUUGUUUGUAAAUUUAGCAAAAAAAGUUGUAGAUUUUUUGGAACGAAACAAUGAAUAGUGAAAAA